AUGAGGUAAAAAUGCAUUUUUAUAUUAGCUCUAUGCUUGAUUAUACCUUCUUUGACAAAAGGAUAAACAACUUUAAUUGAAGAUUAGUAUUACACUGAUUGUGUUCUAUCUAUGGACGCUAAUUAUAAUAAUUAGCUUUGGGUUAAAAUCGAUAAAACUACUUAAUCUCCUGUUUCCUUUAUGAAUUGCAUCAACAUUUGCUAAAAUAAUCCUCCUGAUGUUUUAUAUUUAUUAGGUCUUUUUGAUAAAUCAACAAAAAUCAAAAGAAAGAUUGAGAUUUUUUAAAAGCACUCAUAGCUAUAAUUUAAUAUAAAAUUAAUGUAGAUUGACAGAUGGAAUGUAGGAGAAUAAUUUAAUAUUUAUGUUGAUGGAAAAAAUGCCGCAACAUGGACUUUUACUUAACCAAGCAAUUAAGAUUUUUGUGGGAUGAAGGGAACUCUUCCAAUUUAGUAAGAUACUCAAGUAAAUUUGAGUUUUUCUGUACCUCAUAUUACCAAUAUUGUAGAAGUUAUCAUAGAUACAACAAUGAUCGGAAAUGGUUAAUGGGGUUUGCAAAGUUUUGUCAUGAGCAGUUCGACUUGUGUAAGUGGGGAUUGCUUAAAUAUGUAGGCUCUAACUUUCGAUUUGUAGGCUUUUGAUCGUUAUGAUUUACCAGACAAUCAAAGAUUUUAGGUUGUUUUGAGUUUUAAUUAACCUUUUGUAUUUUCAUAAGGUACAUUUGCUUCUAAUACAAAUUUUUCAAUAUGGGAAAUAGACUCAUCAGGUUAUUCUACAAAUGUAUAGCAGCUUAAUACUACCUCAUAUGUUAUUUACUUGAACCUUUAAACUACUAUACGAGAAAACUAUUUUAAUUUAACUUUUAUCACUCCUUAAUAUGUAAGAGCUGUAUCAACUUAUGACACUAUUGUUAAUACAUAUAAUGCAUCUGUAUUGCUUCCAACAUACUUUUAUUAUUCACCUUCAACGAUAAGUAGUAGUUAAAACAUAGCUUUUGCAGUUUGGAUUCUAGGAAUAGUUCUAACAAUAAGUCUAAUACCUUUAAUUUUGUACAAAUAAUUUGAGGUUGUGGCUUAUACUUACUAUGUGCAUUAAAUGAUCUACUACUAUUCAUUCAGCUAGAUUAGAAUGCCAUAUAAUAUUGUCCAGUUUUUUGAGAGUUUCAAAGUAUACAAUUUUGACUUUUUACCUAACAUAUUUAAGCUAGCUAUUGAUUAAAAUACUACAUAUGGAUAUGUUUAUUAAUUUAAAACAGACUCGCUGUUCCUUAAGAAUGCUGGGUAUUUGUACACCCUUUUCAUAAUUUUUUUGAUUGUCUAUUUCAUAGUAAAAUUAUUUUCUAUGGAAAAAUUCAUGAAAAUAAAAAGAAUACAAACAGUCAUGAAAAGUAUUCUUUAGAAUGUUUUUGAAUGGAACCUAUUUCUUGAAUAUUCCUUGCUCUGCUUUAUGCAUUUACUUUUUGCUAUCUUUUUACAGUUUUUUGAUCUGCAGUUUGGUUAUCCAGUCUGCUACUUCAGUUUUUUACUAUGUUUAAUAUCAAUUAUAUUGAUUGUUAUUUAGCUCAUCUAUUUAGUGAAGUUUAUUUACAAAAACAAGUAAAAGAUUUUAGAAGAAGAUGCAAAAAUUGAAACAUAAUUUGGUGUUCUAUGGUAAUCUCUAAAAAAAGAUUCUUUCUAUUUCUAGACAUGCUUUAAUAUGCUUCUUAUAUUUAGAAGACUCAUAUUUAUAGCUAUAGCUACCUUCUUAAGCAGUUUUGUUUAUGUUUAAUAUGAACUCUAUAACAUUUGCAACUGUUGCAUCAUGUUCUUAGUGGCUAUAUAUAAACCAUAUGUUUAGCAAAGAAAUAAUUUUAAAGUUUUUAUAAGUGAAUUGCAAUUAGUUAUAAUUCAGGCAAUGAUUUAAAAUUUUGGAAAAGAUGAAGGUAAUGAUGAAGAUAGUAGAGUUAAAUUGGGAUGGUUUAUGAUAUCUUAGAUUCUUUUAUUAAUCACUAUGCAUUAUGUUUUUGUUGGUUAUGAAAUAGCUCGUUAUGCUAAAUUUUGGUUCAUAAAACAAAUUAGUGAUGCUGAAGAAGAAUUUAAAUAAAAAAUAGAAAAGGCUGCAGAAGAACAAAAAAAACUAUUAGGAUAAGAAAAUAAUGAAAAUAAUUAAGAAAAAAAUAUAAUUAAUGGAAUCAGCUUUGCUGUUGAAGAUAAUCUUAACCAUCGAAGAAGACGUAAGAGUAGCAGAAGCAGUAAUUUUAUUGAAAUACUAAGUAAUAGCAAUAAAAAUAUUGGAGAAAAUGAAAAAGCAAACAAGAGUCAAAGCUAAAUUAAUGAUAUAUAAACUAUUAAGUCUGAAUUCUAAGAUAAUUUAUCAAGAUAAAGGCAGAGGGAACCGAGUAUAGUUGUCUUCUCUAAAAUAGCGAAUGAGGAUCAGCAUAUUUAACCGAUUCUAAAAAAACCAACUUUCUAAAAAAAAGUAACUCUAAAUAAUAACGAAGCUGUAAAUUAGAUCUAAGAUUAAAGCCAUGAUAAUAAAAUUUCCUAACCAAACCUCAAUGAAUCAAAAGAAGAAGAUGGAAUAUAGCAAAGAAAUAAAAUAAAUCCUGGAAAUACUGAUGACAAACAUAUGAGACAUAAUAGGAGAAAAAGAAAUAAUACAUAUAUAUCAUAGGUUUCAGUAAAAUCAAGAAAAUCAAUCUAAGGAUUUGAAGAUAUUAGUAUGGUAUAAUUGCAGCCAGAAGUUUAAAAUGAGAAAGAAGAAUAUGCUAACUUAAGAAGGUUUAAAGCCUAGUCAGUAUAAUAAAUGUAAUUGAGAUACUCUGAAUAAAUCAGUGGUCAGCCUACUUCUCAAACAAAUAUUAAUACACAUAAUAGAAAAAGACACAGAACAAAUUCAAAAGUAUUUUAAGAAGUUGGAGUUGAGUAGCAACACAGCUCAAGAACAAUUGUAAUUAAUCCUAAAGAGGGUAAAGAUUCUUCUAUUGUAAAAUAACCAGAGAAAUUAUCAAAAACUGAAAAAACAGAAGAAUAGUUAUCAUCUUAAGAAAAUGUUAAAUAAAAGUUAAAAAAAAAAAAAACUAAGGGUGUUAGAGUGGACUCUAGCUAAUUUUAAAAUAUAUUCUCCUAAUUAGAUAGCGAUAAAUGA